UUUUGACGUUGUGCCAGCCUUGCCACAAGUGAGGUGAGGAAAAUACAAAAAUCCUUGCAUUCUCUUCACUACCGUCAGUGUUUUUAUCAAGUUCAAAGAUUUAAAACAACCUCGAGCACGUCCAAGUCAAGUUAUUUAUAAUUCAUCGCACAAAAUUCAUACAGAACCAUGUAGCCAAAAUCUGAUUUAACAAAGUAACAAAACAAAGUGAAAUUUCUCUCCUCAUAACUUAUGUUGAUUGUAUAAAUUAAUAUCUAAAUAUGCCUGGACAAUUCAUAAAAGUCAAAGAAACCCGUGGAGUAGUUUCCAGAGAAGCUUUUUCGGACUCCGUAAAGAAACAAGACUUAUCAAAAUGUGAUACCGAUUCGAAUUAUUCCAAUUCUAUGGGAGAUAUAUGCAGGAUAUGCCAUUGCGAGGCUGACGCUGAAAAUCCAUUACUAUCACCAUGUUAUUGUGCUGGAAGUUUGAAAUAUGUUCAUCAGAAUUGUCUGAGACAGUGGCUGGCUGCUUCCGACACAAGGUCCUGUGAACUGUGUAAAUUUAAUUUCAUUUUACACACCAAAAUCAAACCAUUGUCAGAGUGGCGAAUUUUGGAAAUGAGCAGCGUAGAGAGGCGAAGACUUUUAUGUGCCAUUUUGUUCCAUUUUGUGGCAGCUGUGUGUGUGGUGUGGUCUCUCUUUGUACUUAUUGAUAGGGCUGCGGAAGAAGUGCAAAAAGGACUAAUCGCGUGGCCAUUUUGGACAAAACUAGUAGUGGUUGCUGUAGGAUUUACUGGUGGCGCUGUAUUUAUGUAUAUACAAUGUAGACAAUACUUGCAUCUGUUUUCUAGAUGGAAGGCUCAUAAUAGAAUAAUCCUGGUACAAAAUGCUCCCGAGAAACUCCUCCCGCAUCCGCCAUCACCAAACUACAUCAGUACAAAAGAUCCAGGCCAAAACCUUCUGACCCAAGUAGUAGUAACGCAAGCCGAGUACGUCCCGCCACCGUCGGACGCGAACUCCAACUCCCAAAGCGAAGUUCAAGUCUGUUACGUCUUCGAAAACAAACAGAAAUGCUUCGGAAGCUGCGCCUCUUCCAUACAAAAAGCCGACGUGCACGUGGAGGAUUUAUGCGAGAGUCCGAAAAAAUCCGAAGAAGAGUAUUUAAAGUUGAGGGAUAAUUUGGUAGCUUUGGACAUUGAGUGUCCCUCGAACAGUAACAGUAAGCUGUAUUCGUACAAGACUGAUCAUAGUAGCACAUGCAAGUCUCUACCCAAUUUAUUGAGCGCCAGUAAUCAAAAUUUAUUGGUGUAGAUAGGUUUUAUGUAAUUAUUUUUUUCUUGUGAUAGGUACC